CGCGGAGAUAUAUUUUGCACGAUUGCACAUCUACGGACGACGUCGUUGCGAAGCGGGAAUCGAGUCGUGCUGAUCGUUAGGCGCGGGUAUUCGCGUUGCGACAGCGAGCUUGGAAAGAAAGAUGGUGGAAGCCGAAGUAACUUGGCUCAUACCAAGCCCGCCCGAUCCGCGUGUCGAUUGACGACGAAGAGGCAUCGACUAGAAAAAAGAGCGGAGAGGGUAGGAGAGAAAGCCUGAAAAUUGCUUAUCACGCAAAAAACGCAUUUUUCUUUCUGCGUCAAAGGAGGCUCGUCGGCAGAAUGCUCCUUUACGCCUCGCAUCGCCGAUCUCGGUCUGGGUCCCGGAACCUAACCGCGUGUACCUUCCGCGCGAGCGGCAGUCUUUGUUCGCUAAGCGUCCAUGACACGCGCCUCGCCUUUUAAAAUGUUGCUUCGCUCGCUGGUCUACUCUAAUCGUAUACCCCUAGGCCUCUGGUAAACGCCAUUUUGAAACUCGCAUGAAUCUCCGCAUGGGUGCUUUACUUUCCUUCGAUUCACGGACGAACGCAUAGAGAAUUCCGGCUCUACGAGCUACGCGAGAAAACGCGCGUGCCGCAAUAAAGCAACAGGAGCAGUUUUAAUACAAUACAAACUACAUAACUUGCUCUGAAAAUGGUUAAGGAGACAACAUUUUAUGAUGUAUUGGGCGUGAAGCCUGGAUGCUCGCAGGAAGACUUGAAGAAGGCCUAUAGAAAGCUUGCUCUGAAAUAUCAUCCUGACAAGAAUCCUAAUGAAGGCGAAAAGUUUAAGCAAAUUUCUCAAGCGUACGAAGUGUUAUCAAAUCCUGAGAAGAAGCGUAUCUACGAUCAAGGUGGUGAGCAAGCUUUGAAAGAAGGUGGUAUGGGUGGUAGUGGGUUCUCUUCUCCUAUGGAUAUCUUCGACAUGUUCUUUGGUGGAGGAUUUGGUGGACGAGGUAGAAGGAGAAAUCAUAGAGGUCAAGACGUCAUGCAUCAAUUGUCAGUUUCUCUUGAAGAACUUUAUAAGGGAACUGUGCGUAAACUCGCUCUACAAAAGAAUGUUAUCUGCGAAAAAUGCGAAGGUGUUGGUGGAAAGAAAGGUUCUGUUGAACAGUGUUCGACGUGUCAUGGCUCCGGAUUGCAAGUACAAAUCCAGCAAUUAGGUCCGGGAAUGUUGCAACAUUUACAAACUAUGUGUGCAGAUUGCAAGGGGCAGGGAGAACGCAUCAAUCCUCGUGAUCGUUGCAAGUACUGCAAUGGCAGAAAGACUAUUAGAGAUAGAAAGAUACUCGAGGUUCACGUUGAUCCGGGCAUGGUUGACGGUCAGAAGAUUACUUUUAGUGGUGAAGGUGAUCAGGAACCGGACUUAGAACCUGGUGAUAUAGUUAUUCUUCUCGAAGAAAAAGAUCAUGACGUAUUCAAGCGAUCAAGGAAUGAUUUGAUCAUGCGAAUGCAACUAGAACUCGUAGAGGCAUUAUGUGGAUUCCAGAAAGUUAUUCGUACCUUGGAUGGUAGAGAUUUAGUGGUAACUUCUCUUCCGGGCACUGUGACGAAACACGGUGAUUUGAAGUGUAUCUUGAACGAGGGAAUGCCAAUUUACAAGGAUCCAUUUACACAUGGCAGGCUUAUAAUACAAUUUAUAGUUAAUUUCCCGAAGAGCGUAGACCCAUCGUUUAUCCCAUCCUUGGAGCAAUGCUUGCCACCAAGGGAAGAGGUUAUAAUUCCAGACGGUGCCGAAGAGUGCUUACUUACUGACUUAGAUCCUGAGCAGGAGCAAAGGCGGAGAGAUACGAGACAAGCGUACGAAGAGGAUGAAGGCGGCCCAUCGCGAGUCCAAUGUGCCACACAUUAAUUUGAUUACACUAACCCUGUAAUAAAUAUAGCCGUUUCUUUCAUUUCGAACUCUCUGUCCCAUUUGCUCGAUUUUGUAUAAUGCUAAAGAGAGAAACAACGUGGAUAUAUAUAGGCGAUUUUUGAUGAGCGAAAAAGAAGUUGAAAUAAUUUAAUUUGGAUUUACACCCCAAAAAGAAAUAGUAAGUACUGUAAUUUAUUGAUAUUUUUAUUUUUAAUUCUUACGCGAAAAUUAUGUGAUCUUAAAAGUAGAUAAUCAUCGGCUAAUGCAGAUUUGUAAUU